CGUGCAGCACCCACGGAGGAGGACAAAGAAGAGGGAAAACAGCCAUAUUUGCUAGCGUCACCUUGGACCGUGCUGCUCCGCCAGCGGACCAAUCAGCCUGCAAACUAACCUCAAGCCACGAAACACCACCAGGAGGGAACGGCAUGAAUCAUCUGAAGAAAGGCACGAGUUGGCGCAGGGACGCCGAGACGUCGUUCACGUCCUCGGAAACGUCACUGUCCGAAGACACCGAGCAGAUCCUGUCCUCGUGGAAACGGCUCGUGCAGCGCCACGAUCUACCUGAACGCCGAGACGCUGCAUUUGCGAGGCAUCGCCAGGCGGAGUACGGUGCCGCUCCGCUCGCUGCGUCCCCCAGAGAAGCCGCGCUUCGCCGCCCGUCGUCGUUCCCAUACGGGACAUGGCCAAUCCCGGUGAAUCACUCCUCUUCGUCGGAGUGCAACGAGGAUGACACCGACGCGUCCGAGGUGUCCCUCACUACGAGCCUUUGCUACGCUGCGCUCGUGGUCGCCACGGCACUGCUAGCGCUAUCCACAGCGGUAGUUCUGGUCCGGCUGGUGCCUGGCACCAGCGAAAGCGCAUCGUCCCGCAACGCAGCUCAAGGAUCUCGAGCCCACAACGCUGUCCCGAGCUCUGCAAUGGCGCCACCACCGGCAGCGAAGACCACAGUCCAUGCCACUGCGCCCAACCCACGGGGCGAAGGCUUGCUGCACGCCGUGGGCUCCAUCACAGAAGAGGAAAAAGAACAAGUUUCCAACACCAGCAGAUCCAAGGGCGAAGGAAGUUCGGGAAAUAAUACCAUGCAGCAUCCUCGAGGGCUUCCGGAAAACCUUAGGACAACAGUGCCUCCAGGUGGAGAAAACUCCGAUGACAGCUACCACCACCUGUGUGACAUUGUGUUCUACACGCACUGUCCGAGGACCGCUCGCGAGUUCUACUUCAACGGGGCGACAAACUCCUGCGCGAGAGCGACCACGUCGUACGGUACGGAGGUGUGCAACCGCAGCCCCAACAGGUUUGCCUCCAGGGCGAGCUGCGAGAAAAGCUGCGUGCACGUCAGCCACCCCUCGGGCAGGUGCCUAGACAGGCCUGUCUUUUCUCAAUGCAGGAGCGCUGACCUCAAGAGGAGCACGUGGUUCUUCGAGGGCGAAACGUGCCAACCGUGGGACUUCCCUUCAGGGAGGUGUCCAAUGGCUGACGGUGACCUCUUCGGCAGUCGACAGGCGUGCAUAAAGAAGUGCGUUAACAACCAGACGUACCUGCCCCUGUGCCGAACGCCGCCGUCAGGAACCUGCAGCCCCCGCCACCUAAAGUUCCCGUACUUCGCGGCCAAGCUACCCGGCUCGCCCAAGAUGCGAUGUCUCAAGACAGCGGCUCUGGGCCUACAGAAACGACUCUGUCUGACCGGGACUAACCGGUUUUCUUCACUCGGAUCCUGUAAGAGGACCUGUGGUCAUGACGUAGGUGGGAGGCGUCGAAAUUGACUCCGGCUGACCUGCCGUCGUCCUAUGAGAGCGCCACCGUGUUGUGUCUGUCAUCUCCAUAGCAAUCUUUUGAUCUGUUUUCUUCCUAAUGUAACCUUACGAUAAGAGUGGCUCGGUGUUUUCUUCUUUUCGACAUGAGUGGUUCGCGCAAUUUCCAACUUGUUUAAAGGUAUAUUACUGCGGAA